AUGGAAAGCCAGGAAUUUAUUGUACUAUAUACUCAUCAAAAAAUGAAGAAGUCAAAAGUGUGGCAAGAUGGAACUCUGAAGAUCACUCACUUGGGAAACAAAGCAAUUUUAUAUGAUGACAAAGGAGAAUGUUUGGAGAGUAUAUUUCUUAAGUGCCUUGAGGUGAAGCCUGGAGAUGACUUAGAAGGUGACCGAUACUUAAUCACAGUUGAGGAGGUUAAAGUUGCUGGAAGCAUAGCUAUUAAACAGGAUGUCAGUAAAGAAGCACCAGAGUUAAGUCCAAGGACAUUUCUAUCCUCUGGCCGAUCCCUUGGAUGUCAGCCUGCUGGUUUAAAAAGGAAGUUUACUGGUUUUCAAGGACCACGUCAAGUGCCAAAGAAAAUGAUGAAUACAGAAAAUGGUGAAUCAACUGCAUCACUUGAGGCUAAGAAACCUGGCCCUAAUUUUCUUUCUCCCUUGUACAGCACACCUCCUUUGUUUUCUACUGCUGGCAAGAAAGAUAUAAAUAAUAUGCCAAUAGACCCUGAGAACAUUGUCACUUACAGGAAUAGAGAAGCAAAUGGCUUACGUUUUUCUUCAGUUGUCUCUACUCCAUCUUUUAAGAGUAACCCAGAAAUGCUAUGUGAAGAAAAUUAUUCUUGCUUUCCUGUCUGUUCUGUAAAUAAGCAUUCAGAUUCUUUACUGACCAAUGAGGCCAUAAAAAAAGAUGGUUUGAUAUCUCACUGUUUGGGAGUUUCACAAAACGUCAGAAGCAAAGCACAUAUAUUAGCUCUUUUGAAGUCCAAGUCAACUAUGUGUAAGGAGCUAAAUUCUGGGAUUACAGAACAUAUCCCUCAGAUACAACUGCAAGGAAGUAUAAACAUUCCUACUAAACCAAAGUGCAUAAUUGAACAGAAGGAGUGUGCUGACGUGAAGAGCACAGAAAGUUUACACGACCGACAUCAAUCAGAAAAAAACGUGAGAAAUAAAAGCCGGUGGGCCAUGUAUUUAUCCUCACAGAGCUCACCUGUACAUUCUUCUAGUGAAGAUGGAAAUAAUAUAGAAAGGAAACCCAAGGCCCAGGGAGACAAUAUAGAUUUAAAUUUGAGAGACCUUUUGGUACAAGAAAAGAUACAGUUCUUUGAAACAUGUGCUGAAGAGGGUAAAAAGUAUAAUGAAGACAAGCCAGUAGAUGCUAAUGAUCAAUUUUGGGAUCAGGAAGUAAAACUGGAAAUUCCUUCAUUCUGUGAAAGCAACCAUAUACCAGUUACCUGUAGCAAUGUAGAGAAUGAUGGCUUAUUAUCCGAGCCUGACAUUCAAAAAAAUAAUAAAAUACCUGUUAAUGAAAAUGACCAGAUGUGUCUAAAAGGAUCAGUUCUCAUUAGAGAAAAUACUCAGGAGAUAAAUAUAUGUAGAACACCAGAAAAGGAGUACAAACAGCCAGUGUCGUUUCUGCCAGAAUCUGAACAUCUACAGAUUGAAUCUUCUAGAAGUAAAAAUUCUAGGGUCUCUGAUGACUUUACCAGCAUGCUUUCUAACAGUAAUACUGAUAGUGAAAGUCUUAAUAGUAUUCCCAAACCUAUGAGCAAUGUAACACAGCCACUUGUGGAGGUGACUUUUAAUCUGAACAAUUUUGAAACCAGUGACACUGAGGAGGAGUCACAGGAAAACAACAAAAUUUCCCAGGAUUCAGGGAGUCGUGUAAAGGAAACUUUGGUUAAUGACAGUAGUCCAGAUGUUCAAAAGAGAUGUGAAGAUAUAAGCUGUACAGAAGUUGGCAGUAAACAUUUGUCUCUCUUAACGUCUAUUGGGGAUAAACCUACAAAGACAUUUCCUAUUAAAGAGACUCUUCUAUCACAAUUUUGUGAUAAAGCUUAUGUGGCUUUUGACACAGGACCUUGGAAAGCUGAAAACGUUAGAAAAGGAACAGAAGAGUACAGUGACACAUUAAGCAAUUUUGACUCAUCCUUAGAAUGGACUGAUGAUGUAUAUGUAGAUAAUAAUGAAGAUGCUAAUAAAUCUAUUCAAAAAGUGAGAAUUAACUAUGAUACUGCUUCACUACUGAGUAAAUCUAAAGAUGUCAGCUCGAAUUUACAUAUUCCUCAUUUAAAUAUAGUCAUUAAUCAGACUCCUGAAAAUAGCCUAUUCUCAGACCAGGAGGAGCCUCAGCCUUUUGUUAUGGGAAGUAAUGUAGACAAAAACGAUGAAUGGGUUUUACCAUCAACUUCUAGCAGUGAUAUCAGUAUCCAACAAUUAAAUGUCAAUCAGAAUCACUCUGAAGAAUGUGUUGCACUUGAUAAAUCAAAUACCCAAGUUUCUAAUUCUUUGUUUUACCCUCUGGGAAAAAAGCGUCCAAUUUCCAAAGACACAGAAGCGUGUAUUCCUGAACCUGAAGAUUUGGGAAGGAUUAGAAGUUUAGACCAUGACCGUAUUGAUGUAGAAACUGUUGGAGAAAGCAAACAAUACUGGAAUAUUCCUAGAAAUCCUUCAGAACUCUCUGGAUUAGUAAAUAACAUUUCCCUUUUAAAGUCAUUGUCUGAACAUAGUACGGCUUUAGAAGGCUUGGAAAUAUUGAAAAAGAAAAAUACAACCUUUAAGCAACAAGGAACUCUGGAGACAUGUGAGCCAGACAGCAAUCCUGAAGCUAGGAAACCAUUGACUGAAGUAGUUUCACAAACUUUACCAAAGUUUCCUCAUCUGAACCAGGAUUCUCAACAGAUUAUAAAAGAAAAUGAAGUCAAACCAAGUGGACCACUUCAGUCUUUGCAGUUCUUUCCCUUGGGAGAUGAAGAAGAGGCUACUUUUCUAGAUGUUAUUCCUAAACAGUUAGAGAGAAAAACCUGUGAUCCUAAGCCUGUUGAGUUUCAAGGGCACCAAGUGAAAGGAUCAGCCACUAGCACUGUGAUGGUCAGAGGACACAACUCACAGCUAGAAUGCAGUCAGUUCCCAGAUAGUAUUGAGUAUGGAAACUGCAUGACGGACUCUUGUUUUUUGACACCAAAAUUGACUAGUGCUUGUAUGCAGAUUGAUUUCUUGCAGAUGACAUCACCAGAGCAAAAGAUCUCGACCUUAAACCCUGUUUCUACUUUUUCUUUGAACUCAAGAGAUGAAGACUUUGUGCUAGAAUUCUCUACGGAGUCCCUGAAAGCAAGAACUUUACCUGGUGACCUUUACUUCCUCAGCUUAGACAUUAUCAAAAAACCCAGUUCUCUGGGGAAUAAGAACUUUCAAAGGCUUCCAUUAGUAAGUAGAACCCGAGUUCCACUUAUUACUUUGCCACAUGUUGAUAGGUCACCUGAUUUAGAUUCUCGUUCAUACGACAUCAUCUGUGACAGGCAAGAAUCUUCUGGUUCCCCCAUAUUCAACUUGUGUGAAAAGUCAGCGGUUCUUUCUUUUAGCUUUGGACUUGACAGCCAAAGUGAAACUUCCUUCUCUAAAGAAUCCAGAGAAGUGACUCCAAAGGAUGUUUUACUUCUCAAUAAUAUAUCUACUCAAAGCAAGUGGCUGAAAUAUCAAAACAUACCCCAGUGCAACUUGACUGCUCUAAAGGUAGUUGAUAAAGUAACAGAUGGCUUCUUUGCUGAGGUUGUUUCUGGGACACAUUGUAGUGACAUAGGUGAAAGACAGAGUGAUGCUGUGAAUGAAAGCUCCAUGCAUUUGCAAAUGAUAAAAGACAUGCUCCAUCAGCAGCAACAGGAUUUUAGCAGUCAGGAUUUGAUUUCCAGAAAGAAAGCACUGUCUUUGAAUUUAAAGCAGACUACCAAGACUGAGAAAAUUCACAAUGUGUUAGGAGAGUCUGCCUGCUGCAACUACAGUGUAACAGGAGAUUUACAGGGGAUAAGUGGCUCUGAGCUGUGCUUCCCAAGUGGGCAGAAAAUAAAAUCUGCUUAUCUUCCCCAAAGGCAAAUUCAUAUACCGGCUGUUUUUCAGUCUCCUGCUCAUUAUAAGCAAAUUUUUACAUCUUGUCUCAUAGAACAUCUAAAUAUAUUGCUGUUUGAAUUGGCACAGAGGUUGCACAAAGCUCUUUCAAAAGUUGACAUAUCAUUUUACACAUCACUAAAGAGAGAGAAACUGAAAAAUGUAGAAAGUAAUGUGCCAUCCUGCCAUCAUCAUCAACCUGCAAAACUUGUCACGGUUAAAAAGGAAGGUCCAAAUAAGGGUCGUCUCUUUUAUACCUGUGAUGGACCCAAAGCCAACCGAUGUAAAUUUUUCAAGUGGCUUGAAGAAGUGACCCCAGGAUAUUUAACAAAGGAAGCCUCUCUAACUAGCAUGGUUUUAAGUGAUAUAAAGAGUAUUGGCUUAUACUUAAGAAGUCAAAAGAUACCUCUCUUUGAGGAAUGCCAGCUUUUGGUGAGAAAAGGAUUUGACUUUCAAAGAAAACAGUAUGGCAAACUAAAGAAGUUUACAACUGUAAAUCCUGAAUUUUAUAGUGAACCUAAAAGCAAACUUUAUCUUAAGCUGAGUCGGAAGGAAAGUUCUUCAACUUAUAGUAAAAAUGAUCUUUGGGUGGUUUCAAAAACCCUAGACUUUGAAUUGGAUACUUUUAUUGCAUGUAGUGCUUUCUUUGGACCAUCAUCUACCAAUGAGGUGGAGCUACUACCUUUGCAAGGUUAUUUCCCCUCUAACUGGCCCACUAACAUAGUGGUCCAUGCAUUGUUGGUUUGUAAUGCUAGCACAGAGCUGACCACUUUGAAAAACAUUCAGGACUACUUUAACCCAGCUACUCUACCUCUAACACCGUACUUGUUAACAAUGUCUUCGUCAACUGUAGUUAGCAACAAGAGAGUCAGUAAGAGAAAAUUUAUCCCACCAGCCUUCUCAAGUAUCAAUACAAAAUUUGAACUUCUCAGCCUAGAAGCAACAUUGCAGUUAGCUAGUCAAUUAAUUCAGGCACACAAGUUAAAUGAGGAUCAAGCUACAGCCUUAAUUCAGAUAGCUCAAAUGAUGGCAUCGCACGAAAAUGCUGAAGUGAAGGAACUGCAAACACAUAUCCUCCCUAUCACGAUCAUACAUGGUGUUUUUGGAGCAGGAAAGAGUUAUUUGCUGGCAGUGGUGAUUUUGUUUUUUGUACAGCUAUUUGAAAAGAGUGAAGUUCCUACAGUUGGAAAUGCAAGACCAUGGAAACUUCUCAUUUCUUCUUCCACUAAUGUAGCUGUGGACAGAGUACUUCUUGGGCUUCUCAGUCUUGGAUUUGAAAAGUUCGUCAGAGUUGGGAGUGUUAGGAAGAUUGCUAAACCAAUUUUACCUUACAGUUUGCAUGCUAGCUCAGAAAAUGAAAAUGAGCAACUAAAAGAACUGAAUGCACUAAUGAAAGAAGACUUGACUCCUCUGGAAAAGAUCUAUGUCAGAAAAAGUAUUGAGCAGCAUAAAUUGGGGACCAAUAAAACCCUGCUGAAGCAGGUGCGGGUAGUUGGAGUUACCUGUGCAGCCUGCCCAUUCCCAUGCAUGAAUGAUCUUAAAUUUCCUGUAGUUGUGCUGGAUGAGUGUAGUCAAAUAACUGAACCGGCCUCUCUCCUUCCCAUUGCAAGGUUCGAGUGUGAAAAGCUGAUUCUUGUUGGAGAUCCCAAACAGCUUCCUCCUACUAUUCAGGGUUCUGAUGCAGCUCAUGAAAAUGGAUUAGAACAAACUCUUUUUGAUCGGCUCUGCUUAAUGGGUCAUAAGCCAGUUCUGUUGAGAACCCAAUACCGUUGUCACCCUGCAAUCAGUGCUAUCUCUAAUGAUCUGUUUUAUGAAGGAAACCUCAUGAAUGGCAUUUCAGAAACAGAGAGGAGCCCUUUAUUGGAAUGGCUCCCAACUCUGUGUUUCUAUAACGUUAAAGGACUGGAGCAGAUUGAAAGAGAUAACAGCUUUCAUAAUGUGGCAGAAGCUGCUUUUACACUCAAGCUGAUUCAAUCACUGAUUGUAAGUGGAAUAGCAGGCUCGGUGAUCGGGGUGAUAACAUUAUACAAAUCCCAGAUGUACAAGCUUUGUCAUUCACUCAAUGCCGUGGACUUUGAUCAUCCUGAUAUCAAAGCCGUGCAGGUAUCCACAGUAGAUGCUUUUCAGGGAGCUGAAAAGGAGAUUAUUAUUCUGUCCUGUGUAAGGACAAGACAAGUAGGAUUUAUUGAUUCAGAAAAAAGAAUGAAUGUUGCAUUGACCAGAGGAAGGAGGCAUUUAUUGAUCGUGGGAAAUUUAGCCUGUUUGCGGAAAAAUCGACUCUGGGGACGUGUGAUCCAACACUGUGAAGGAAGGGAAGAUGGAUUACAACAUGCAAGCCAAUGUGAACCACAGCUGAAUCAUCUUCUUAAAGAUUAUUCUGAAAAACAAGCAGAAAAGAAACAGAAGAAAAAGAGUGAAAAAGAUAAAUCUCAUUCACAAAAAGUCAUGGCAUAG